AUGUCUGGCUCCAGUACCCCGUCUUCAGAUACUUCCAUGACAGGCCAGGUGCCAUCAGCGGAAGAAAUCAUCCCCAGUGCAGGCAUUGCUGAUGUGUCGAGUGUCGACCAAGAAAAUAUGAAUCCGCCAACUGGCAGGUCGGCAGGCGGACAAGAUGUGCAAAGGCCGACCUCUUCAGAAGAUGGUCCUGUGCUUGAUUCCGGAGAAGCAAGCUCGAAUAAUUAUAUCCCUGCACAAGAUCGGAAGCGCCGAUUGACUAGCAAUUCUGAUGCUUCUAGACUUCAGCGAACUCGUUCCGGUGGAUCGAUUCGGCCUGAGGCUAGUAUAAUGCCUGCAUUACCCCAUCGAUCUGUCUCCAUGGUUGUACCGGCUUCAAGGAGUACCAGUUCCAGAGCACCGGGCUCAUCCUAUGCAACGGCGAUAGAUAUCACAUCGUCACCGUCUGAUGAUGGCCGGUAUGCAUCGAUUGAUCGUGCAGAUGCUGGACAUGGACCAUACACGGGAAGCUCGUCUUUUCGGAGAUCGUCGAAUCAUGCUCAUGCGGCAGAGGGUGAGGCUCAUCCAUCGAGAAUCAGCUCCAGAGCACAGCCACAUCCAAGAUCAGGUGGGUCAAGUCAUAUAUCGUUGUCUAGUGGCUCCUCGUCAGUGUCACGAACGUCGGAAGGGCAUAGCGACAGACCUGGCUAUCAGACAUGGCACCCUGCAUCGGAAGCAGGUGUGGAAGCGGAUAUUUUGACCAAUUCGAAGGAUAAUGGCCGUCGAACUCUUCCAUGGGACCCACCACCUCGGCGGUCUUCGCAAGGCUCAAGCGGCAGCGCACGGGGAAGCUUCAUAGAAGAGAACCCGUACCCAGGUUCUCUUCAGCAUGCAGGUGGCCGGUACUUGAGCAGAGGACCUGACGUAUCUCGGUCAACAACUGUCUCAACCGAGGGUGAUCGAUACCGGACACAUACCAGGUCCCAUACCUUGAACUCAUCUGGUUUCACAGAGAAUGGCGAGAGAAUUAUUGAAAGCUUCGGCUGGAGACCAGAGCGCAGGAUUGUUGAUAGAAACUCUUCAGAGAGACGGGUGUUUUCUGCGAGCUCCAGCGAAGCUUCUCGAUCCAGGGCUGAUAAUGUCGAUGGACGAUACGGGAGGUAUCCAGAGUAUCAAGAUAUCGAUAUGCCGAGAUGGCAGCCUGAUGCAGAAGUCAGUAGUUGCCCAAUCUGUGGCACUAUUUUCAGUUUUUGGUAUAGAAAGCACCACUGUCGGAAGUGUGGCAGAGUUGUAUGUGCGAGCUGCUCGCCUCACUCGAUAGUCAUUCCUAGACAGUUCAUCGUCCGUCCGCCCGACACGCCCACUUCGCAACCCGAAUCAUCCCCUACCUCUCAAACUCCCGUCGUUGACUUGACCGGCGACGAUCCUGAUCAUUUCAACACCUCUAUCAACCCUGCUCUCGGGGGUGGUGAAAAAGUCCGCCUCUGCAACCCAUGCGUCCCCGACCCGAAUCCCAAUCCCCUGGGAUACGGUUCUCCACGAGCUCACGGUCACCGAUCCACCCACUCCCUCUCCACCUCCUCCAUGGGACAGAACAGUUCCGGAGUUGCGCGAGAGAACGCCCCCUCUCGCCAGGAGCGACGAACCAUCGGGGCCAACGACCGGCCCGCGGUUCUUCAAGGACUCGGCCGUCCGGCUCGCAGAUCUGUCUCUGGUGCCAUGGCCAGCUUCAGUCCCAGUACAGGGGACCGAAGCCGUAUGGUCGGCAACACCUCUGCCGCAGACCUGUCUGCCGCGGCCGCCGCACCGCCGCCACGCCCCCAAGUCUCGGAGGAAGACCUCUGCCCCGUCUGCGGACGGCAAUUCCCAGCGCUCAGCAAUGAGCAUACCCAGGACGCCCGCGAAGCGCACGUCCGCGAGUGCAUCGCCGGCUACGGCGCCUCGCCUGUCCACGCUGAACCCGACCACGUGAACGUCCGCCAACCCCCACCAUCGCCACGCCCGUCGCCCGCAGCUGCACGUAUGCUGCCAUUUACGGCGACUGAGAAGGACUGCCUCGCAGAGGACGGCGCCGUGGCCGAAUGCCAGAUCUGCUUUGAAGAGUAUGAGGUUGGGCAGAGCCUGGCCCGCCUUAACUGCUUCUGCAAGUUCCACAAGACUUGCAUUCUGGACUGGUUUGAGCGGAAGAUGACGUGCCCUACGCACCAGGGCUAA